AUGGUUCGAGCGAACAUCCCCCUUCGAGCUUCUGGUAACCUGUUAAGAUUUGUACUGCAUCUUUCUAACACAUGGAUUGGCAGGUUAAUUCUCAACCCUAAAACGAAAAGAAAUACCCACUACAAUUUACUUCACAACUUUGUAAUAGAGGACCCGCCCACAUACGAACCUGUUGUACCAGCCACAGAGCCAAGUGAAGCCAGUGACCCUCUGAAUAUUGAUUUAGACUACCUUAUUCAGCCAGAGAGGAAAGAAAGUAAUGAUUUUAGGUUCAGAACGGUCUCGGAUUAUUAUCAUGCGUACAGGUCAGGUAAGGUGACUCCAGAGGAUGUUGCAGAAUGUGUUAUGGAAGACGUGGAGAAGACAGAGCAGAUGAAACCUAGGAUGAGGAUGCUUGCAGAGUAUGAUGUGGAAGAGGUCUAUAAGAUGGCUAAGGAAUCUACCAUACGAAUCAACAACAAGAAACCUCUUUCAAUCUUUGAUGGGGUUCCAGUUGUCAUCAAAGAAGAACUAGCUGUGAAACCUUACCAUCUACGUAGUGGAACCACGUUCUUAGGCCGUGACCCCGUGAAGGAGGAUUCCACCAUAGCGGCUAAGCUACGCGCCGGUGGUGCUGUAAUCAUAGGAACAUCAAACAUGCAUGAAGUCGGACUAGGUGUUAUUGGUAUGAAUAUCAGUGCGAGCGGUACUGCACGCAAUCCAUAUAACCCUAACCAUUAUCCUGGAGGAAGUUCAUCAGGGUCAGGGGCCUGUGUAGCUUCAGGCCUUUGCCCCAUCGCCAUUGGAACUGAUGGGGGAGGUUCAGUGCGCAUUCCUUCUACGUUAUGCGGCAUUGUUGGGUUGAAGCCAACCUAUGGGCGCUGGUCUCGUCACGGAACUAUGCCCCUGUGUCGUACAGUAUCCGUAGCAGGACCCAUGACGACAUGUGUGCAAGAUACAGCCAUGCUUUUAGAAUACUUAGCCGGUGAGGACCCUGAAGACUCUGCAACAUGGCAUCAACCGACCUUGAAAAUCAAUGACCUUCAAACAAAGAGCUUGAGUGGACUCAAGAUUGGCAUCGACUGGAAACACUUUCGAGAUGCUAAUGCAGAGAUUGUUGCUGAAUGUGAAAAAGCUGUUAUUUACUUAGAGAAGCAAGGAGCAGAGCUGGUAGCUAUUAACAUCCCUGAGUGUGAGGAGAUGAGGAUGGCCCACGCUCUCCUUAUAUCAACUGAGAUGUAUUCUUUCCUUCAAGAAGCUUUCAGAGAUAAUUUCCAUGACUUUGUUGGUGAUACUGCUCUGGUCCUUACUAUGGCUUCUUCUGUCAAUGCAGUGGAGUACAUCAAUGCCAACAAGCAGAGGACAAGAACCAUGCAUUACCUCAAACAGCUCUUCAGACAGGUUGAUGUCAUCGUCUGCCCAGGUUGUGGGGUCACUGCACCAAGGAUUCAACCAGGUGACCUUGAAUAUGGUGUCAAUGACACUGCUAUGACCAUUGAUGUCAUGAGGUUUUCCCCACUGGCUAACAUAUCAGGCAUCCCUGGGCUGGUCGUCCCGGUGGGCUACGACGCUAAGAACCUCCCCAUUAGUCUCCAGAUCAUGGGUCCCUGGUGGGAGGAAGGCCGCCUCCUGAGGGUAGGGGCGGUGGCAGAGAGGAUGCUUGCAAGGAAGCACCAACCACAGGUCUACUUCGAUGUCCUCAAAGAAGCUAUGAGUUCACCAUGAUCCUUCAAAGUUCAAAUUAUACAUUUUGGGGCCCGUUUCAUAAAGGACUUGCAACUGUUGUAAAUUUGCCAUUAUGGCAACUACCAUGGCAACCUUGAUUCUGAUUGGCUGAUGAGCCAUGUCGCCAUGGUAGUUGCCAUAAUUGCAAAGUUACAACAGCUGUAAGUCCUUUAUGAAACGGGCCCCAGAUUAGCUGAUAGUAAACUUGUUAUAGCAAGUCUUUAUUAAACAGGACCCUUAUUCAAUUGUCAGCUCUGAGGAGCUCUGAUUGGCUGGGAACCACUGGACUCUGUCUGUUACUAUGACAACUGUCAGAGAAUGAUUGAUCAUUUAGUGCUGACAACUUUUGUGAAAUGGUGACAAGGUCUGCCAUUGUACUAAGACAAUGGAUCAUGUUACUGCCAUGAAAAGUUACGCAAUGAGCUCGUGUGAUGCUAUCUAUAAUUCACAUUAUUUGUUUUCAAAUUAUUUCACUGGCAAUUUCAAUUUCUGCCAAUUAUUUGUUUUCUGACAAUUAUUAUUGAUGUGCAAUGUGCUGUAUUUGGAACUCAGGGCAAAAUCAUGAUAUAUAUACCCAUGAGAUUUUAAAGAAACUAGAUAUAGGUGUACUAUUUAAUCUGUUGUAUACUGAAUCUGGAUGAUUCUUGUAUAUAAAGCCUAUGGGAAUUAAAGAAGUCAAUAGGAAUAUGAGCUCUAAACCUUCUCAAAUCUAGGAAUCUGUUGACAGUGUCAUUGACAGGGUUCCCAGCCCAUCAGGGAAAAUUAUUUUACAUUUUUCAAGUUGGGGAAAAAUCAGGGAAUUUGAUAAAAAAUACCUCAAAUCAGGGGAAAAUGCCUCAAAUGAGGAAAAAUCAGGGAAUUUUGUUCAGCCCAAAAGUCGAAAGCACGGUAGUCAGUCAGACUCUGUUAUAUUUUGUUGCAUAUCAAAACAGUAUCCAUUAAAUGACUGGUUAUGGUGGUAAUAAUUAGUUUGUAGAUUACGUGUUUCCUCCGUUUCAAAAUACCCCACUAGCUUAUAACACACGAACCCCAUUGCCUUGCGUGUUAUGUCAAUGGGAGCUCAAGUGGGGUAUUUACCACCCCACUUUCAGUUUUGAGGAGAGUUUUCAUUUCUCUCGUUCAAACUGGGAGGGGUGGACUGACAGCUGGUAAGAGCUCUUAACACACCGCAACAGCAACAAUUCCUGCAAAGGAUUGCUGAUAUCGGGAUGGGGGAGGGGUCGGUGAGAAUGGUUAGGAACUCGAAAUUGGGGUUAUUAUAGUUGAAACGAGAAUUUUCAAAUGAAUUCACUGCAACAGCUUAGAAAACAUGCGAACCUGGGAAUGGGUUGAAAUAAAAUUAUCAGGGAAGUUUUAAACUUAAUCAGGGAAAAAUCAGGGAAUUUUGUUUUCUUGAAAAGCUUGGAACCCUAAUUAACUGAUCGACAAUAAUUUAUCUGUAUGGAAAAUGAAACCGUCCAAAUCACGCGUUUAUAAUUUUGCAUUGUUAUGUGAAUGAUUUGUGUACCUUUUAUGUUGAAGACAUGGCUACAUUUCCUUCCAUUCCCAUAGGUUGAACCUGGAGAGCAUUUCAUGAAACAAGGAGAAAUAGGUUUUUGUUAUAAGCUACUGAAAUCCUUGCAUCUGAUUGGCUCAGAACAAAUUUGUCAGUGAAAAAUCACUUAUGAAAUGCUUCAUGAAAUAGAAAUACUCCAUAGGUUUUGCUGUGCUGUGAAUCAUUUGUACCAGAAUUGUGUCCACACAAUAUUGUCCCUGUCCUUAUAAAGUGACAUGUGAUUGUGAAACUAAAACAAAUUAAGUGUAGAGUAAAUUGCUCUUAUGAUUCAAACCAUACUCUGUGACAUUGAUUUAUGAAGGGUGAAUAGAUUCUAGGUAUUAGAAUAAAGCAUAUUCUGAUGUGUAUAUCUCAGUUUAUAUAGUUUACAUAAUGUUUCUGGCAAAUUUAGAAUUAGCACGACUGUCUCUAUGUGGGAAUGCAAUCGAGUGAAGGAUCCCAGAAUGGCAUGUGUACAACACAUCUGCCUUGGUAUCUGCACAGUAUACCAGUAUUUCUAUAGUAGCUGCACGAUAUGUAUAAGUCAUCAUUAUUAUGUGAAAUAUGAAAUAUUCAAAUUUUUUCCCUGUUGUCGUGUGAAACAACGAUUAAUUCUUCUCUGAACAUGUGCAAUUAGCAUUGUUUAAUACUAUAUGGUUCAAUCAAGUUGGUCUUUAUCGUCAAAUGUGUAAAAAAUGAAAUAUUGUAUAAUUCAAACAAUAAAAAACAAAAGAAUUAGCGAGUGAGGGACAUCAUCGACUUUCUCAUUUGCAUAUCACUGAGUUGUGCAUAUCACUGUUUUGUGAAAAAUAAGCAAAACUUUAAAAUGUCAUAACUUUCUUAUUUUACAUCUAAUUUUGAUGAAAUUUUCAGCAUAAUGCUGGUUUGAUUUUUUUUCUAUUUAUUCAAAUCAAAAUUUUUCUUGGGUGGACUUGACCUUUAAAUUACUACAGAACAUAUUAGGCUUUUGGGAUUUUUCACAAAGUAAUGGUUUGAUGGGGGUGAAUGUAAAACGUUGGGGACUGAUAGCUGUGAAAACUGGAAAUCCCUCUUACUACAUAUUGAUAUUACUUUAGUGACACAAUGAGGCAUCACCUUUGACCCAAAUUCUUUGAAAAGUUAAAGAUGUUCAUGAAUAAUCCCCCCCCCUCCUUUAAAAUUUGUGAUGUUGCUUGCGUCAGUCACUUGUGAUAAGAUUGUCUUUGUUUCUUACCUUUGUAAAAGGUAUUAGUUUACUACUGUGUACUAAUUUUGUUAGCUGAUUUUUUUAUAAAUUGUUUGUUGAUGUUGAGAUUUGCUAUUCAUUUUAGGACACUGCCAAAUUAUCAUUUUAUUUUGCCAUCCUCUUUCACUUUAAAUCAGGGAUUUAUGCAAAAUAUUGGCUAUGUUGUGUUCAUGAUCUCUUUAUCCUAUUUUAAUAUGUUUAUAUUCUGUUGACUUUUAGGACGGUAUAUGUAUGUUAGCAUUGAGGUUUGAGACGAUGUCAUAAAUUUGCAAUUAUUGAUGA